UCACUGAUUCAUCUCCAUCCACUAGUUCUCUUACUUGUAAACUCACUCCCCUUUUGCUUUGAACUCAAGAAGAUCAAAUGGGUUCCACUGGGAAGCUGGAAGUGGAGCUGGAAGUGAAGUCCAGUGCAGAUAAGUUCUGGGAAAGCAUAAGAGACUCCACUACCCUCUUCCCCAAGAUAUUCCCUACCCAUUACAAGAGCAUCCAAGUCCUUGAGGGAGAUGGCAAGGGGGUUGGCUCCAUCAGGCUCUUGACUUACUCUGAAGAGAUACCAGGGGUGAAGUUUUCAAAGGAAAGGAUUGAUGCAGUGGACGAGGCAGGGAAGGAGGUGGCUUAUGCUGUCAUUGAUGGAGAUGUUUCACAUUUCUAUAAGCAUUUCAAGGCCAAAUUGGUUGUCACCCCCAAGGGUGAAGGGAGCUUAGUGAAAUGGUCCUGUGAGUUUGAGAAAGCCAGUGGAGAUGUUCCUGAUCCACACCUUGUCCGAGACUUUGCUGUCCACAACUUCCGUGCAUUGGAUGACUACCUUCUCAAGGCCCAGGCUUAGUUAAUUUCAGAUUUAAAUGCUUGAUAUAUAUAUCAAUCUCUGAGGCCUAUUUACUACAUAAUACUACUAUCUGCUCACUAGUCCUUGACCCCUCAGAGGUCAGGGGCUCUGUGCUGCCUUUAUUGCCUAAUAAAUGUACUUCAUGCUUAUCAGUUGGAAGUUACUGCAUGGUAUGGUUAUUUGGAUUAUUUGGA